AUGGGUCACCGCGCCGAGCUGCAGCGAAAUUUCUCCAUGAUGGCAAUGCUGGGCCUUGCAUUCGCUAUUCUCAACUCGUGGACAGCCCUUUCCGCAAGUCUUUCUCUUAGUAUCACAUCUGGUGGCAGCACGUCGGUCAUCUGGGGAUGCGUAACAGCUGGUGUCUGUACACUCUGUGUGGCUGUUUCACUAGCUGAGUUUUUGAGUGCUUAUCCAACGGCUGGAGGUCAAUAUCAUUGGGUUGCCGUUUCAUGGAAAAGCUGGCGGCCUAUAUUGUCCUGGAUCACCGGAUGGGUCAACUGCGCGGGUUGGGUUGCACUGGUGGCAACAAAUUGUCUCUUGUCAAGUCAGCUCAUUCUCGGUGUCAUCUCCCUAGUCCACCCGAACUAUGAGUCUAAAAAUUGGCAUCAAUUUUUCAUCUACAUCGCUUUUACAAUCAUAUCUUUCAUUGUUAACGCGUUUAUGAAUUCGAUCCUGCCGCCUAUUAUGAAGGGUGCAUUCAUAUGGUCAAUUGCAGGAUUUGCAGUAGUGUCAAUUGCUGUGCUUGCGUGUAAAGCUCAAGGCUAUAAUUCUGCAUAUCUUGUCUUUUGUCAAUUCAUCAACGAAACUGGAUGGCCUGAUGGAAUUGCGUGGCUUCUUGGGCUUCUACAAGGGAGUCUCGGGUUAACAGCAUUUGAUGCUGUUGCACAUAUGAUUGAAGAAAUCCCAAAUGCCGCCAAAGAAGGCCCGAAAAUUAUGGUGUCAUGUAUCGGAAUUGGCACUUUCACAGGCACAAUCUUCCUCAUGAUACUCCUUUUUGUUGCUGGCGAUCUGGGACCAGUCACGUCAUCUGCAGCAGGUCCACUGCUACAGAUUUUGAAAAACGCGACUAGCAACAAUGCCGGGGCAAUUUGUCUACUUAUGGUACCUUUGGUAUGUCUCCUAAUGGCAACUAUAAGUGUCAUGACAACGAGCAGUCGCAUGCUUUUUGCCUUUGCUCGUGAUGGCGGACUACCAUUUUCUCGCGUCUUUUCUAAAGUCCAUACUGGUCUCGGGCUACCUCUAAACUCGCUUUAUCUAACGAGUGCUUUGGUCAUUAUUUUUGGCUGCAUCUUCCUUGGCUCAUCAAGGCUGAUGAAAGAAAGUGCAUUUAAUGCAAUCAUAUCUGCCUCUGUCGUUGCUCUCAAUGUGUCCUAUGGGAUGCCGAUUGCUGUUCGUUGUCUUCGUGGCAGAGACGUAUUACCAGAACGACCUUGGAAAAUCCACCCAAUUGCUGGAUGGGUUGCGGACAUUAUCGGGCUCUCUUAUAUUAUACUAACAACGGUUCUAUUUUUGUUCCCACCGACUUUGCCGGUUGAUGGAAGUAGUAUGAAUUACUGUGUUGUUGCUUUUGGGAUUAUCGUGAUUAUUUCAGCGGUGCAAUGGAUCAUCGAUGGUAGAAAGAAUUUCACUGGGCCAAGGAUUGACGUCACUCUUGAGGGAACAACUGAGUACACCCCCGAGAACGUGACUCAUACUGGUGGUAAAGGACUGGAUUGA